GUUUGACGAAGGAUGGCAAAUGUCAAUUGAGUCGUUUCUAGGGCGUAUGCGACACUCUGGCGCAAACUGCCGAUCUAUUAAAGAUUGUGACAGAAAAGGGUCCUCCUGUAUCGGAGCUAAAUAUUUAAAUAUUUCGAGAAGCCCAAUUGAUCUGAUACAACUUAUUCUCUCAACCUCAAUUGAAGUAAGCAAGCAAGCGCUCUUCAUCAAUCAUUAUCUGAAUCAUACUCUUCACUUUAACUGAAGUGUCCUUUUUGCAGAGAUCAAAGCCACGAGCCUGCGCCAACAUUCUCAUUUCACUUUAACUGAAGCUAUUCACAACCCUCACAACCCACUACACUCACAAUGUCUCUCGCAUUCCGCCCCGCGACACCACAAGAUGUCACCCCUCUCCUCGCCCUCAUAAUCUCUGCCUACCGCGGCCCCGACUCCCGCGCAGGCUGGACAACAGAAGCUGACCUCCUCGCGGACGAGCGCAUAUCCUCCACUGAUCUUCUCGCCAAAAUCACCGACCCCAAAGGCGCAGUUAUCCUCGCCUUCACAAGCUCCCCCUCCUCAUCAGGAGCAUCAACGCCAGAAGGUGACAGCGAUCCUCGGCUUGUCGCAUGCUGCGAAGUUCUUCAAAAAGACACGGAGCGCGCUUAUUUCGGCCUCUUCGCUGUAUCGCCGAAGUUACAAGCCGGCGGUAUUGGAAAGCAGGUCCUUGGGUUUGCGGAGAAUUAUGCGGUUAGGAAUUGGGGAACGAAGAUUAUGACGAUGUGGGUUAUUUGGACGAGGAAGGAGUUGAUUGAGUGGUAUGUAAGAAGGGGAUAUGUGAGGACCGGGGAGAAGAGUCCGUUUCCGUAUGAGGGGCUUGUUAAUGGUAAGGCGUUGAGGGAUGACUUGUACUUUGAUCAUUUGGAGAAGGUGUUGGCAUAGACAGAGUUGUUGGAGAACUAUAGACCUGGGACAAUGAAAAGGGCGGUACGAAAUAGACUAAUGAGACAUGCUAUCACACUUCAAACAUCACAAUCAUGAGAGAAAAG